AUGUCACAGUCCUCUGAGCUUUCGAAGACCAUUUACAAUGACCUCGCAGAACUUCCGGUCUAUACUUCUGCUCAAUUUCUCGCUAAGAAUGUAAUUCGAGUCACGUCGUCUUCAAGAGACCAUACCAGGAAUACAAAGAGGUCCUCCACAAAGACUAUAUAUACUCAAGUCGAUAUCGCUCAAAAUUUGGUGUCUCUCUCUCAAGAGGUUUCGCCCGAAGUGCUUGCAUCGAUCGUCUCACAAUCGGGCAAGCUGAUCGCAAUCCUUCGCGAGACCAGCGAUUCCGGUGGCGGAAAGAAACGGUUCGUCGAGGUAUGGGCUGGCGACAGACUAGAGGUUUCUGUAGAAGUAUCCAAACUUCAUGGCUCUUUCUACACCGACGAUCAGUUCUACUCCCUCUCUUUCUCCCCUUCGGAGAAGUCGUUGGUAUAUGUCUCCGAAGAGAACCCACUGCCAGCCGACCACUCUGACUCUUUCGCUCGCUUUCGUUAUCUUCCUGAUUUUGGGGAAUCGCUGACUGGUCGAAAGCGGCCCCGUAUUUAUAUCUGUCAGUGGCAGAUCAAGCCGACUUCGACAUCCGGCAGAAUAUACGGAACUGUAAAGCCAUUGGAAGCUCAUAUACCAUCUUCUGCGGAGAUCGUGUUUGGGCAGGCAGUGUUCGCUACUGACGAUCGCAUUAUCGCUACUGGCUACGAGCUCACCGAGGACGGCCAUCGGUUGGGGAUCAAAGGUUGUUUCAACAGGCCAGCCGGCAUAUGGGAUAUAUCUGUGGCUCUAUCCAAUCAAGUCCCACACGAAUCUGGCGAGCAAGAUAAUUCCUCCAUAAUUGCUUCGGCCUUCAAAAUCUCGGAUUCUGCACGCUCUUCUCGCUCUGCGCGCAUUUACAGAAACCCUACCUCUGGCAGUGUGUUCUUGUAUUGGAUAUCGAAUGCUCUCGGGGGAGCGCACGCAGGAUGUUCCAAUCUUCAUUCUUUUGAUCUGACCACAGGGCAUUCCAAGCUCCUGCUAGAUACCAUAUUCGAGGUGAAAUCGCAGCACAUGGGAGGAUUUGCCGGACUAUAUACCGAUUAUGGUCUUCCCGCGCAACCAUUUCUCAGCCUCGAGAACAAGGAGUUCAUUGUUACUCAUACCGUUCAAGGUUCAAGGAUGACCGUCAUUCUCGUCGACGCAUAUGAGCCCCAGAAAGUUGUGCACUUGACGCCUGUGAAUUCACUGGAAGAAUCGGUUUGGAGCUGGACCGUCUUAGGAACAGAUAGGAAGACGCAAGUUGUUUGCAUCAGGAGCUCCCCAACAUCUCCAAACGAGCUUUUUUUGGGACAAUUGACCAAUGAGAAUGGCAACCCAGUAGUUUCAUGGAAUAUCAUUGACAAGCUGACGAUCCCUGAGGAUGUGGGUAGGGCCUUAAAUUCUCUCAAAUCAUCCGUGGUUCCCAUCCCAGAUCGUUUCCCAACCGAAACGAUUUUGAUCGAAUCAGUGUCGAAGGAGGAAGGCAAACGUCCACUUGUAUCUUUUAUCCACGGUGGUCCGCAUGCGACUAGUUUAACCGCCUUCAGUCCGUCCAUUGUAGCAAUGGCCUUGCAAGGUUACACACUUUCCCUUCCCAACUACACGGGUUCACUGGGCUUUGGCGAGACCUAUGUGCGCAAGUUGGUCGGCCAAUGCGGGACCCUGGAUGUCCAGGAUGUCAUGGGGUCGAUCGAUCACCUAGUCAAGCUCGGCGUCGCAGAGCAAGGCCCCGGUAAGCAGUUCGCAUGGGGAGGAAGCCACGGAGGGUUCUUGGGAGCACAUAUUAUCGGACAAUACCCAGAGGUGUUCAGUGCAGCAGUGUUAAGGAAUCCUGUCAUCAGCUGCGCGCAGCCCGCAGAGACUGACAUUCCCGACUGGUAUUUCUGGGAAUUCGGGCUGCCAUUCACUGCGCAAUCAGAAGUCACCCCAGAAUUGUACAAGAAGCUCUAUCCCACGUCACCUAUCGCAUAUGUCGACAAGGUGAAAGCGUCAGUGCUGUUGCUUAUCGGGAAGGACGACCGCAGGGUCGCGCCGGCACAAGGCAAGUCGUAUUACCAUGCACUAAAGGGAAGAGGAAACCCAGUGGAUAUGUUGGAGUUUCCCGGGGAGGGCCAUCCGCUCGAGGGUGUGGAAGCUGCGAGAAUUAGCUGGGAGGCAGCAGCUGACUGGUUC